AUGAGGCUCGACCCCGAACAAACCCCUUACUCAACUGCCGAUCCGGCGUCGUUCGCCUGGACGACGGCCCGGGACCGAUGGCCUAUCAUCAUCACCCAAGCAAUUGACGAUGCCUACCGUACCGUGGGGGCUUGCGAAGAUCCGGCGAAGCAGGAGGAGGGCAAGAAGAUCGUCGCCGAGCUCGCCCAGCUCAAAUACGAAGUCCAACAUGACCGGGCCUUGACGCCUAUCCGGGACGAUGGGUUCCCUGAUGUCGCCGGUUACAACCAAGAGCUGGAAGAGCUUGGCCCGAUUACCUGGCUGAAGGCCCCUUGGCUCUACACCGAAUGCUACCUCUUCCGCCGCAUAUCCACCUCCUUCAGUCUGUCCACUCACUGGAAGGACUACGAUGUCUUCGCCCGUCAAAAGAUCAAGACUUUCCGGUCGUCGCGCCCCGCCGUACUCGAACUCGCUUCUCGUUACAAAGAUCUCGUCACUCAACUCCGUGCUGCCGAUAAGAGCCCAGACCCGGAAGCUGACGCCAUCGUCUUCGCCGAGGUCUGCGAGAUCUGUCUCUGGGGCAACGCGACCGACCUCUCGCUCCUCACCAGCCUGACAUACGAAGACAUCCAGAAGCUGCAGGGCUCCGAAGCGCGCCGCGCCGCUGAAAAGAACAUCCUAAUCAACGACCUUCCGCGGGUAUACUCCCACCUGCGGGCCGCCCGGGAAAACAAGCAGGAGCGCCGGGUCGACAUCGUGCUGGACAACGCCGGCUUCGAGCUAUAUGUCGAUCUUGUGCUGGCGGGAUACCUGCUCUCGUCCGGACUGGCGACCACCGUGGUGCUGCACCCGAAAUCGAUCCCCUGGUUUGUGUCCGACGUGCUGCCGAGCGACUUCGCUUCCCUGCUCAGCGCCAUUGCCGACCCCCGCGGCUUCUACGACAACCCCACUGAAGACGACCGUUUGCGCGGUGUUGAACCUGAGAAGCUGACCGAUGCGGAGGUUGCGGACCUGGGGUUCCUGUUCUCCGAAUGGAGUCGCUUCCAUGCUGAAGGCCAGCUGGUACUACGGCCGAACCGCGUCUGGACGGGCCCAGGCAGCUUUUGGAGGUUGCCCGAAGAGGCGAAAGAUCUGGUUGAAGAUUUGAAGCAGUCUGAGCUGGUGGUAUUCAAGGGCGAUUUGAACUACAGAAAACUAGUGGGCGAUGUUGCUUGGGAUGCGACGACGCCAUUUGCCAAGGCCAUUGGGCCACUCGGUCCCGGAUCCGGUCUCAACAUCCUAGCGCUACGGACAUGUAAAGCCGAUGUUGUCGUGGGGCUGAAGGCCGGGGAAGACGAGAAGCUCAAAGCCACCGAGGGCGGGAGUAACAACUCUGGGGCCCGGAAGUGGGCGUGGAACGGCAAAUGGGCGGUCGUCUCGUUCUCCGAGGAUGCGUAA